AUGGCACUGCCUGGAGGCGAAAGCUCAUUGCAUCGCCAUACAGAUACUCGUGUGGACCGAACCACUGGGUCCACGGUUGACAGAGCAGAGAGCUCGGAUACAAUUGAAGCUGACUCAGAGGAUGGCAUCGAACAAGAAGGACAGACCAAAAUCACUGCAUUGGCACGAACCUUAUCGCGUAUCUCCCAGACAAAUGGCGGCACCGAGGGACUCAACCCGUUUCUAAAUAACAGUGACCCCGAAUUGGACCCGAAGUCGGACCAAUUCAACUCUCGCAAGUGGACCAAGAACCUCUUGCACAUAACCUCGCGUGACCCUGAGCGCUACCCCCGUCGCACUGCGGGAGUCUCGUUUCGCAACCUCAACGCAUUCGGCUAUGGAACGGCGGCUGAUUAUCAGGCUACCGUAUCAAAUGUCUGGCUCAAGGCAGUGGGUUGGCUCCGUGGCCUUCUCGGCAAUGGAAACAAGGUCCGAAUCGAUAUUCUGCGUAACUUCGAAGGCUAUGUCAACAGUGGGGAAAUGCUGGUGGUUCUGGGCCGACCUGGGAGUGGUUGCUCGACCUUCCUGAAGACCAUCGCCGGUGAAACCCAUGGGUUGUGGCUCGACAAAGGAACCGACAUUCAAUACCAGGGGAUCUCAUGGGACGAAAUGCAUAGUCGAUUUCGGGGGGAGGUGAUGUACCAGGCUGAAACAGAGAUUCACUUUCCACAGCUCACUGCGGGAGACACCCUUCUUUUUGCGGCACGGGCCCGAGCACCAGCAAACAGACUCCCUGGUGUGAGCCGUGAUCAAUAUGCGAUACAUAUGAGGGACGUUGUCAUGGCCAUGUUAGGUCUGAGCCAUACCAUGAACACACGAGUAGGAAACGAGUUUAUUCGGGGCGUCUCAGGAGGUGAGCGCAAAAGGGUUAGCAUUGCGGAGACUACUCUAUGUGGAAGCCCCCUGCAAUGCUGGGACAACAGCACUCGCGGGUUGGACAGUUCGACUGCUCUCGAAUUUGUCAAAAACUUACGUCUAUCUACGGACUACACGGGAUCCACAGCUAUCGUGGCAAUCUAUCAGGCGAGUCAGGCUAUCUAUGAUGUAUUCGAUAAAGUCAUUGUUCUCUACGAGGGCCGCCAGAUAUAUUUCGGCGGUGCCCGCGACGCGAAACGGUUUUUUAUCGAAAUGGGCUUUGACUGUCCGGAAAGGCAGACUACUGGAGAUUUCUUAACAUCCCUCACCAGUCCGACGGAGAGGCUGGUUCGUAAGGGAUAUGAGCACCUGGUCCCUCGUACACCAGAUGAAUUUGCAGCGCGAUGGAGGGACAGUCUAGAAAGAAAACAGCUCUUGACAGACAUUGAAGUAUUUCAGAAUGAGUUCCCCUUAGGUGGACACAAGAAAGAGGAAUUCAGUCGCUCUCGAGCCGCGGAGAAGGCCAAGCACACCAGGGCUGCCUCCCCUUACACCCUGUCAUAUUGGAUGCAGAUCCGGCUUUGCCUUCAACGAGGGUUUCUACGUCUCAAGGGUGAUAUGAGCAUGACCUUAUCAACGGUAAUCGGCAAUAGUAUCCUAGCACUAAUCAUUUCGAGUGUUUUCUACAACUUGGACGAUACUACGGAGAGUUAUUUCUCUCGGGGCGCAUUGUUGUUCUUUGCAAUAUUGCUGAAUGCCUUUGCCAGCGCCCUUGAGAUGCUUACUCUAUGGCAACAACGACCAAUUGUUGAAAAGCAUGAUAAAUAUGCACUUUACCAUCCAUCGGCUGAAGCAAUCAGCUCCCUAAUUGUUGACCUUCCAGCCAAAGCACUAGUUUCCGUGGUAUUCAACUUGAUUCUUUACUUUAUGACAAACUUGCGUCGGACACCGGGGCAUUUCUUUGUGUUCUACUUGUUCUCCGUGACAACAACGUUAACCAUGUCCAACGUGUUUCGCUGGAUAGCUGCAAUUUCUCGGUCCUUGGCGCAGGCAGAAGUUCCUGCUUCAAUCUUUAUGAUGAUUCUGAUGAUCUACACGGGGUUUACCAUUCCGGUUCGGGAUAUGCGCCCUUGGUUUCGAUGGCUCAAUUAUCUCAAUCCAAUAGCAUACUCGUUUGAAUCCCUCAUGAUCAAUGAGUUCUCCGGCCGUAAAUUCAAAUGUGCAACGUAUGUGCCUUCCGGUCCAGGGUAUGAGAAUACGCCUCUCGACUCGAAGAUUUGCUCCGGAAAGGGCGCUGUGGCAGGCGAGGAUUAUAUCGAUGGUGAUCGGUACCUCGAAGUGGCGUUCGAAUACUACCCCUCCCACCUAUGGCGUAAUUUCGGCAUUCUUCUGGGAUUCCUCUUCUUUUCGCUGUUGGCGUAUAUCGUCGCCAGUGAGCUUGUGCGGGCGAAGCCCUCGAAAGGAGAGAUCCUGGUUUUCCCUCGUGGUAAAAUACCCGCUUUUGCAAGGAAGGUGCAUCGGGAAGCGGAUCCAGAAGAUGUUCUCACGUCAGAGAAGCUGAAGGUCGGCAAUGAGCAGGAUGAUCAUGUCGGCGCCAUUGUCAAGCAAACAUCAAUAUUCCAUUGGCAAGACGUCUGCUAUGAUAUCAAAAUCAAGGGUCAGGACCGUCGAAUCUUAGAUCACGUUGAUGGGUGGGUUAAACCGGGGACUCUCACAGCCCUGAUGGGUGUCACCGGCGCUGGCAAAACCUCUCUCCUCGAUGUUCUGGCCAAUCGGGUGACUAUGGGCGUGAUCACUGGUGAGAUGCUAGUGGACGGGCGCAUGCGUGAUGAUUCUUUCCAGCGCAAAACAGGCUAUGUUCAACAGCAGGAUCUGCAUUUAGAGACGAGUACUGUUCGGGAGGCCCUUAUUUUCAGUGCCCUGCUCCGCCAACCCGCGAGUACUCCACGGAAGGAAAAGCUAGCAUAUGUAGAGGAGGUUAUCAAGAUGCUCAAUAUGGAAGAGUAUGCUGAGGCGGUCGUUGGGGUUCUUGGUGAGGGUCUCAACGUGGAGCAGCGCAAGCGCCUGACGAUCGGAGUCGAGAUUGCAGCCAAACCGGAUCUUCUACUCUUCUUUGACGAGCCUACCUCGGGCUUGGAUAGCCAGACUGCGUGGUCUAUCUGCUCCCUCAUGCGAAAGCUUGCCGAUCAUGGCCAAGCCAUCCUAUGUACAAUCCACCAACCCUCGGCCAUCUUGAUGCAGCAGUUCGAUCGGCUCCUGUUCUUAGCAAAAGGGGGCAAGACUGUCUAUUUUGGCGAUCUAGGCCCCAACAUGAGAACCCUAAUUAAGUAUUUUGAGGAUAAAGGAUCGGCGAAGUGCCCAUCAAAUGCUAACCCUGCUGAGUGGAUGCUCGAAGUCAUAGGCGCAGCCCCUGGCUCUCGGGCCGACCAAGACUGGUCGGAGGUUUGGAAACAGAGUCGUGAGCGUACUCACGUACAACAGGAACUACUACAGAUGAAACAGGAACUUCUGCAACGACCGCAACCCCCUCGAACAGCUGGGUAUGGAGAGUUUGCGAUGCCACUGCCGGCGCAGUUCUUGAUUUGUCUCCAGCGAAUGUUUCAGCAAUACUGGCGCUGCCCAUCAUAUAUCUAUGCUAAGGCCGCGAUGUGUACAAUUCCGCCUUUGUUUAUCGGCUUCACAUUCUGGAGGGAGCCCACCAGUAUGCAAGGUAUGCAAAAUGAGAUGUUUUCCAUCUUCAUGCUGCUUAUCAUCUUCCCCAAUUUGGUUCAACAAAUGAUGCCAUAUUUUGCGAUGCAGCGCUCCUUAUACGAAGUGCGGGAGCGUCCGUCGAAGGCCUACUCAUGGAAGGCAUUCAUGCUUGCAAGUGUAAUCGUUGAGCUCCCAUGGAACAUGCUGAUGGCCGUACCUGCAUACUUCUGCUGGUAUUAUCCUAUCGGCCUUUUCCGCAACGCCUAUCCGACAGACUCGGUAACAGAGCGUGGUGGCACGAUGUUCCUUCUCGUCUUGAUCUUUAUGUUGUUCACAUCCACAUUUACCUCGAUGAUGAUUGCAGGCAUCGAUCAUCCGGAAACCGCUAGCAACAUCGCUCAGAUGAUGUUUUCACUGUGUCUCAUCUUUUGUGGUGUUCUUGCCAAUCCAGAUGUCCUCCCUAAGUUCUGGAUAUUCAUGUGGCGGGCGUCACCGUUUUCCUAUCUC